AUGCCUCAGCGUAUUCCAAACCCAGAAAAUAAAUUCUGCAAGCUCAUAAAAUCCCUUUAUGGAUUAAAACAGGCAUUCAGGCAAUGGUUCUCUAAGCUCCAUAAUGAACUUAUUCAGCAGGGCUACUCUCAAUCAAAGAAUGAUUAUUAUUUAUAUCUAAAAAGGAGUGCAGGGUAUCUAAUAGUUGUUGCUGUUUAUAUGGAUGAUAUAAUCAUCACAGGGGAUGAUACUGAUGAAAUUCUCAGAUUAAAGAAGCAUCUUGAUGAUACUUUUAGUAUCAAGGAUCUUCGGAUGCUUAGUUACUUUCUUGGCAUUAAAGUGAAACAUCGGCAAGAUGGAAUUGCCUCAACACCCUUGCCUAUAAAUCUAAAUCUUGUUGAAAAUUAUGGUAAUUUCUGUCCUAAUCCAGCUCUCUACAGGUCACUUGUUGGGAAACUGAAUUUCCUUACUCAUACUAGGCUUGAUCUAUCAUAUGUUAUUCAGACACUUAGUCAGUUUAUGCAUCAGCCUAGGCAACCUCACAUGGAUGCUUUGCAUCAUGUUCUCGGGUAUAUAGCAGGCUUUAUUGGCCAAGGUAUUCUACUGCAGGGUUCUGACUCCUUAACUCUUAGAGCUUAUUCUGAUUCUGAUAAGUGUUUUAUUUGUCCACUUAUUAGGGCAUUUUAA